AUGGCAUAUCAAAACUCAAUUACCUUAAACUUUUUAUUAUUGCUGCUCGUUGUAGUAGUAGUUGAUGCUGCCGAUUCUGAAGGAUGGUCUAUAAAUCCUAAGAAAACCGUUAUAAUUAGGAAUGAUAUCGCUCAACAUCCAACCCCUUUAGAUCUCACUCUUCAUUGUAAAUCAAAAAAUGAUGAUCUUGGAUUUCACACACUCGUAUUUGGAGAAACUUACUCGUUUCGAUUUAGACCAUCUUUAGUUCCAAGAAUUGCUGAGGUUUUAUACUUCUGUAGCUUUUCAUGGAAAGGAAGUCCCUAUCUUCACUAUCUUGACGUUUACAAUCAAGCCAAAGAUCACUGCAAAAUUUGUAGUUGGAAAAUAAGUAAAAAUGGUGGUUGUAAUGAUUUUAAAGGAUACGAGGUUUGUGAAGAAUGGAAUAGAAUUCGACCAAUGGAUGCAAAUAGUACUUCUAUGAAGUAA